UUCUGCUUCGAUCUCCAUUGAAGCUCGAAGUUGCUGAAAGGUGUGGUUUUGCUGCCGCUGUUUAUGCUUUACAUUUUUCUUGUGCUCUUAACUUUUGCAGAAUCUUCUGUUUCUUUUUGCUCCAAAGUGACGUUUGAAGCUUUUUUUUUACCGUUUGCUACUUUCCUUUGAAAUACUUGUCCAAAAGCUUCAAAUCGGUGCUUCAAGGAUGAUUUUAAUGUUGAUCUACUAGACUUUCGUAUCUUCCUUCUUUUGUCAAGAUUUCCUCUAAUCUAAGGUUCUAAGCGCUUUCAUAUUUUUUUCGCAACACAAACAUUGCUCAAAGAGUUCGUCUUUUGUGAGAUUUCAGGAUCUGGUAGGAUUUUGGUAUGGCGUCAAAAAACUUUCAGCCUAGCCGGUCGAAUGUAUCGACGACAUCUGAUGGUUCUGAAGCACUACAGGGGAGGCCUCCUAUUCCUCAACAUGUGACGUUUGCUCGGAGGACUUCAUCCGGUCGCUAUGUUAGCUACUCGAGGGAGUCGAAUGACCUUGAUAGUGAAGUUGGUAAUCCUGAAUACAUGAACUACACGGUGCACAUACCACCAACUCCUGAUAAUCAGCCCAUGGAUCCAACCAUCUCACAGAAGGUUGAAGAACAGUAUGUGUCAAAUUCUCUUUUCACUGGUGGGUUCAACAGUGUCACUCGAGCUCAUCUCAUGGAUAAGGUGAUUGAAUCUGAAGCAAAUCAUCCCCAGAUGGCUGGUGCCAAGGGAUCUUCGUGUGCUGUACCUGGGUGUGAUGGGAAAGUCAUGAGUGAUGAGCGAGGACAAGACAUCCUUCCUUGUGAAUGUGAUUUUAAGAUCUGCAGGGAUUGCUAUUUUGAUGCUGUUAAGACUGGUAGUGCAAUAUGCCCUGGGUGCAAGGAGUCAUAUAGGACUGCAGAUUUAGAUGAGAUGGCUGCUGAUGAUGGACAGCCACUGUCGCUGCCACCGGCAGCAGGGGUGUCCAAGAUGGAAAGGAGGUUGUCUUUGAUGAAAUCAACCAAAUCGGUGUUAAUGAGGAGUGAGACUCGGGACUUCGAUCAUAACCGAUGGCUGUUUGAAACCAAGGGGACAUAUGGGUAUGGGAAUGCUAUAUGGCCUCAGGAGGGGACUUUUUCGGAUGACAAGGAUGAUGGGAUUCAUGAGUCUGCAGAACUAGUGAGUAAACCUUGGAGGCCGCUUACACGCAAACUAAAGAUCCCUGCUGCGGUUAUUAGCCCGUAUAGGCUUCUAAUAUUUAUUCGAAUGAUUGCUCUUGUUCUGUUCCUGAUGUGGAGAGUUAUGAACGUAAACACGCAGGCAGUCUGGCUGUGGGGUAUGUCUGUGGUCUGCGAGAUCUGGUUUGCGUUUUCUUGGCUGCUUGAUCAGCUGCCAAAGCUCAAUCCUGUUAACCGUUCCACUGAUCUUGCUGUGCUGAAAGAGAAAUUUGAAACUUCUGGACCCCAUAAUCCCACUGGAAAAUCUGAUCUUCCAGGCAUAGAUAUCUUUGUCUCUACUGCAGAUCCUGAGAAGGAGCCACCUCUAGUCACUUCAAACACCAUCCUUUCAAUCCUUGCAGCUGAUUAUCCUGUUGAAAAGCUUGCUUGCUAUGUUUCAGAUGAUGGUGGUGCUCUUCUUACCUUUGAGGCCAUGGCCGAAGCAGCAAGUUUUGCCAAUUUGUGGGUUCCUUUCUGCCGGAAACAUGCCAUUGAACCCAGGAACCCAGAGACUUACUUUAAUCUGAAGAGAGAUCCUUAUAAGAACAAGGUGCGCCCUGAUUUUGUCAAGGACCGUAGACGAGUGAAACGUGAGUAUGAUGAGUUCAAGGUACGGAUUAAUGGCCUACCUGAUGCUAUUCGUCGCCGUUCUGAUGCCUAUCAUGCUCGGGAGGAGAUCAAAGCUAUGAAGCUGCAGAGACAAAAUGCAAGAGAAGAUGAACUUGCGGAGGUUGUGAAAGUUCCAAAAGCUACUUGGAUGGCUGAUGGAACGCACUGGCCUGGCACUUGGUUGCAUCCUGGGGUGGAGCACUCAAAAGGUGAUCAUGCUGGUAUCAUACAGGUGAUGUUGAAGCCUCCCAGUGAUGAACCAUUACAAGGCACUGCUGAUGAGACAAAGCUCAUUGAUCUCACUGAAGUGGAUAUCCGCCUUCCCUUGCUUGUCUAUGUUUCCCGUGAGAAACGGCCAGGAUAUGAUCACAACAAGAAGGCAGGGGCCAUGAAUGCCCUUGUUCGGGCCUCUGCAAUUAUGUCCAAUGGCCCCUUCAUCCUCAACCUGGAUUGUGACCACUACAUCUACAAUUCCCAGGCAAUGAGAGAAGGCAUGUGCUUCAUGAUGGACCGUGGUGGUGAUCGCCUUUGUUAUAUCCAAUUCCCUCAGAGGUUUGAGGGUAUUGACCCCUCUGAUCGCUAUGCGAACCACAAUACUGUCUUCUUUGAUGGUAACAUGAGGGCCCUUGAUGGUCUUCAGGGUCCUGUAUAUGUGGGAACUGGAUGCCUUUUCCGCAGGAUAGCCCUCUAUGGCUUUGACCCACCUCGAUCAAAAGAUCACAGCUCUGGUUGCUGUAGCUGCUGUUUGGGCCCUCGCAAACGUAAGGCAUCAGUUGCCAAUACCCCUGAAGAGAACCGGGCCCUUCGAAUGGGAGAUGAUGAUGAUGAUGAAAUGAACCUUGCUCUGUUUCCCAAAAAGUUUGGCAACUCAUCGAUCCUUGUGGAUUCAAUCCCUGUGGCAGAAUACCAAGGCCGCCCCCUUGCUGAUCACCCAUCUGUGAAGAAUGGACGUCCACCAGGUGCUCUGACAAUUCCUCGUGAUCUUCUUGAUGCUUCUACAGUUGCAGAGGCAAUCAGUGUCAUCUCUUGCUGGUAUGAGGAUAAGACCGAGUGGGGUCAACGUGUUGGAUGGAUUUAUGGGUCUGUGACGGAAGAUGUUGUGACAGGAUAUCGGAUGCACAACAGAGGAUGGAAAUCUGUUUAUUGUGUGACCAAGCGUGAUGCCUUCCGAGGGACAGCCCCAAUCAAUCUCACCGAUCGGCUUCACCAGGUCCUCCGGUGGGCCACUGGCUCUGUUGAGAUAUUCUUCUCUCGUAAUAAUGCCCUUCUGGCCAGCUCAAAAAUGCAGUUUCUGCAGAGGAUUGCCUACCUCAAUGUCGGACUCUAUCCCUUCACCUCUAUCUUUCUCAUUGUUUAUUGUUUCCUUCCAGCACUCUCCCUCUUCUCUGGCCAGUUCAUUGUGCAGACCCUCAAUGUCCAAUUCCUUGUUUACCUACUGGCCAUCACUGUGACCCUUUGCAUGCUUGCCAUACUGGAGGUCAGGUGGUCAGGUAUUGAGCUAGAGGAAUGGUGGAGGAAUGAGCAGUUCUGGCUUAUUGGAGGCACAAGUGCUCACCUUGCUGCUGUUCUUCAGGGUCUACUGAAAGUAGUUGCUGGGAUUGAGAUUUCAUUCACAUUGACAUCCAAAUCGGGUGGUGAUGACUUGGACGACGAAUUUGCUGAUCUCUAUGUUGUCAAGUGGACAUCUCUUAUGAUUCCACCCAUCACAAUCAUUAUGGUGAACUUGAUUGCAAUUGCUGUUGCAUUCAGCAGGACCAUUUAUAGUACUAUACCACAAUGGAGCCAAUUGAUUGGUGGGGUUUUCUUCAGCUUCUGGGUCCUGGCACAUCUUUACCCUUUCGCCAAAGGUUUGAUGGGAAGAAGAGGUAGAACACCCACAAUUGUGUAUGUGUGGUCAGGUCUCAUUGCAAUCACCAUAUCCCUCCUCUGGGUGGCAAUCAGCCCCCCUUCGGGCAGUACUACUAUCGGGUCUGGGUUCCAAUUCCCUUGACUCAUUA